AUGGAUUCAUCACUGACAAUAAGCCUGAGCAUUUUUCUCACAGUGUGUGUGAACACACCAGAAGUUGUAGGACAGAUGGUUGGAGGCAAACAAUCACCACGUUCUUCAGAUUCUAAAGCAGAACGUUGCUCUUACACCUUCAUUGUUCCGCAGCAGAAACUGACAGGAGCGCUGUGUUUGAACACGCUGCCAUCUUCGCCCAACCGCUCUGAUGUGGCAGCUCUGCAGGCGCAGCUCAAACAUCAGCAGGAACAGCUGGACAAGCUCCAGCGCCAACUGGAGCAGGAAGGGUCUCUCGCCAUGGAGGUGAGAGCCCUUCGCAAAGAGAGCAACAAUAUGAACUCUCGCAUCGCCCAGCUCUACGCCCAGCUGCUGCAGGAAGUCAUGCACAAGAAGGACCAGGCUUUGGAGCAGCAACGGGUGGAGAGCCUCCUGCUCAAUGCUACAACACAGGCAUUACAGGUGUCCAGUAAUUACAGGGAACUGGAGAAGAAAUAUGGAGCCCUCACCUCCACGAUAAGCUCGCAGAACCAGUUCAUCAGCAAACUGGAGAAGCAGUGCCAGCGCAGGGAUUCCAGCUCUCAGGUGAUGACAGAUCCAGCAAGCAUCCAGCCUAAUGAGCAUCAUAAUUACAGCUCUGAAGCCAACAAAAUGAUCAGUGACGUUCAAAGGGACCAAAGCGCUGCCUCAGCACCGCAAGACAAAACAGGAGGAGAUUCCCCGCACGCUCCGACCAACAAGCCUUUUGUGAGCUUCCCUGUCACAAACUCUCCAGGGCCGUGGCGGGACUGUCAGCACAUCCUGGACUCAGGUGAGACCACCAGUGGGAUCUACCUGCUCCGCCCACUGAACACCAACCGCCUCCUGCAGGCCUGGUGCGAGCAGAGUGGUGAUCUGGGAGGGUGGACCGUCAUCCAGAGGAGACAGGAUGGAUCGGUUAACUUCUUCAGGACCUGGGAGCAGUACAAGCAAGGCUUUGGGAACCUAAACGGGGAGUACUGGCUCGGUCUGGAACACCUCUACUGGCUCACGAAACAAGCUAAAUAUAAGCUGCGGGUGGCUCUGGAGGACUGGCAGGGCCGGCACGUGUUUGCAGAAUACGACAGCUUCCGUUUGGAACCAGAGAGCGACUGGUACCGCCUGCGUUUGGGACAAUACCAAGGCAACGCAGGGGACUCCCUGUCAUGGCACAACAACAAGGCCUUCACCACUCUGGACCGGGACAAGGACAGCUACAUGGGUAACUGUGCUCAUUACCAGAAAGGAGGCUGGUGGUACCACAUGUGCGCCCACUCCAAUCUGAACGGUGUAUGGUACCGAGGUGGACAUUAUCGAAGCCGCUACCAGGAUGGAGUCUAUUGGGCUGAGUUCCAUGGAGGUUCCUACUCUCUGAAAAAAGUUUCCAUGAUGAUCAAACCCACAUAGCUGCACAGGUCCCUCUUGCAAAAGAGAUCUUGAUUUUAAAUCAGGUUAAAUAAAGGAAAACGAAUGAAAGAAAGAAAGAAACAAAUGCAUGUGGAUGACACAGAAAAUAA